GUUCCAGACAAGGCUGAGCAACGCUGCCCAAGGAAGGCAGAAGAGGCUGUUUCUGAACAGUUCGAGGCUGGAAGCGAGUCGGGUUCUUUCGCACGUGGGAAAAGGCGGCCGAAAGGAGCAUGAGGAGGACCCGAGCGGAGGAAAGAGAGAAGGAGGCGAAGAAACGAAAACUUCUGAAUGAACUUGGUGAGAGCUGCCUUCCAUAUUUGACGCCAAAAGACGCUGGCUUCUAUCAACUGUGGAAGACUAAAUAUUCCAAACUUAUCCUCAAGAACUCGGAGAAGAUCCCUCAAGACCUUCACGAAGAAGUCCAAAAGGCCUUUUUCGCUUUACGGAAGCAUGUUUGUUUCUUCCAAGAUCUUGUGAGGAUCAAAGGGAGGGAUUUUGUUACCCCCGUAUCUCGCAUAUUAAUCGGGAACCCAGGGUGCACUUACAAAUAUUUGAACACAAGGUUAUUUACAGUCCCUUGGCCCACAGAAGGCUACGACAUCAACUAUUCAAAUCCUGAAAUAUCCCUGGCUUGUAAUGCCUUAAGCAGGCUUAAUGACUACUUGCAGAGAGAAACUUUGCUGGCUUUGCAAGAGCAGGAUUUGGCCGAGACAACAAGAAUGCAGGAUUUACCCUUCGGGGACGGGAAUCAAGAUGACGCUAGUAACAUUACUGAGUUGGAAGCUGUUUUGCAAGAUCAAAAUCCUUCCCCGGUCCCGAAGAUUGACUCCACCAUCCUGAAAGAGAGAACAUCUUACAACCUGACGUUAUUAAAUUAUAUGGAUCCCCAGAAAAUGCCGUCCUUGAAACUGGAGCCCUAUUUUGGCAUGGGGAGAAUGGCUGUGAGUUGGCACCACGAUGAAAAUCUAAUGGAAAGGUCAACAGUGGCAGUCUACAGUUACAGCAGGGAAGAAGUUGAUGGUGGAGUCCUUGAAGAAAAAUCUGCAGCUGGCAGAGAUCCAGAUGUUUGGCAUGUUGGCUUGAAAGUUGCUUGGGAUAUAGAGACGCCAGGCUUAGCAAUUCCACUUCACCAGGGAGACUGCUACCUUAUGCUAGAUAAUCUGAAUACGACUCACCAACAUUGUGUAUUAGCUGGCCGGCAGUCAAGAUUUAGCUCCACACACAGAGUGGCAGAAUGCUCAACAGGGACCCUGCCAUACAUUCUGGACAAAUGCAAGGCAGCGCUGAAGAAUUUGAACACCGAUGCUGAUUUGAAGGUCCCGUCCUUAAAAUCACUGGAGGUCGGAGAUAUAACGCGAGUGGAAAAAACUCACAAUGAGGUGGAAUUUGAAUGGCUACGACAGUUUUGGUUCCAGGGGAAACGGUACAGAAGAUGUACUGACUGGUGGGACCAGCCAAUGGCAGAUCUGGAAGUCUUAUGGAGACAAAUGGAGCUCAUGAUGCCAUUCACCACUUACAGAAAACUUACCGGAGGACGAGAAACCGAAAUGCAAGCCUUACUGGGAGGACAAUGAUCCCAGGAUGCCAUUACCUUUCGAUCUUGAUGAUAUAAUAUUUGAACUACAGACAAUUCUGGAAGAUUAGAAAAGCUUUAUCAGAAACUGGAGUUGGAGUUCCACUGCUAAGAAGCACCAAAGAAAAAGAAUGAAAGCAAAGAAGCCCGUUAAUUAAUUGCAGAUUUAGCGACAUUCAGUAGCAUGGUCGGUUGAGAAACAAAUCAAAAAGGGGUCCUUGGUUUUCUCUGAGCUUAGUUGUUUUUUUGCAGACUUUUCAUUACCCAACUAGGUAACAUCAUCAGUGCUAGAAGGGAGGGGGUUUGCAGAAAGGAGGAGGAGGGGUGUGGGACCCCUGGUGUUCUCUUGAGUUUGUUUUCUUGCAGAUGUUUCAUUACCCAACUAGGUAACAUCAUCAGUGCUAGAAGGGAGGAGGUUUGCAGAAAGGAGGAGGAUGGUUCUUGGUGCUCUCUUAGCUUGGUUGUUUUCUUGCAGACGUUUCAUUACAACCCUGAGCUACAAAUAUUCUGAUUUAUUGGUCAAUCGAAAAGGACGUUAGAGCUGGAUUAUGAAAAGUAGAUUAUCUGGAAUCUGUAGUGGAGCUAAAAACUCAAGUGAUAUCCAUACCAAAGAGCAUUUCAGAUAGGUAAUGAGAAAUAAAGGACCAACUGAUGCCUGUUUUAUUGAUGUUUACUGAUAUUUAAUGAUAUUUUGGUCUUCGGUUACAUGGCAAACACCAUCGAGUUGGCCAAGAAAUUGGGAAUCUAUUAUUCUGUUUGAACAGAGGGCUGAACUAGAAGACCUCAAAGGUGUCAGAAUAUUCAUGAACUGGAAUGGAGACAUGGUAACAAGGUCAGCCAAUGAAUAGGCAUAGCAACUGGCCUUGGUAGUACAGUGGUCUAAGGCACCCUGUUAUUAAGCUGGUUAUUAAAGACCAGAUGCCUGCAAUUACUGCAGGUUCGAAUCUCGCCAAGGCUCAAGGUUGACUCAGCCUUCCAUCCUUUCUAAGGUAGGUAAAUUGAGGACCCAGUUGUGGGGGCAAUAAGCUGACUUUGUAUAAAUAUACAAAAGAAUGAAGGCUAUUGCUUAGCGCAUUGUAAGCCACCCUGAGUCUCCGGAGAAGGGCGGCAUAUAAAUCAAAUUAAAAAAAAAAAAAAAAAAACUGGGUCGGCCAAUGAGGGCUGUUUUGGAAACAGAAACUUAAGCAAGAAGUCUGGGCGUGGCAUAGCUGUGCUGAGCUCUGAUUCUGCGCUCAGCUCUAAAACGAAACUAAUCUGGACUGUCUGCUGAACUGAAACUAAGCACUUACUUACAAUCUCUCCUCUGCUUGUGUUUUUUUGCCUGUAACUCUUGGAAGAAUCCGCGGUUGGUACUGUCUGUGUUGUUAUGUAUAUAAAGGGAAGUUAAUGAAUCCUGCAGAA